AUGUCUGAGCUAGAAUCAACGAAGAGAGUCCAAAAACAAACAGAUAAACAACAAUGCGACGAAUCACUACAACAAAAACAACAAGCAAAUGAACAGAAAGCUAUUUCUUCGAAAAAACUAUCGCGUUAUUACAUGUAUUUACUUCAAUUAACUUUAAUAAAGUUUAUCAAUAAACAACAUCCACAUUUAGGAAAACUAUGUCUAUCAACGACAAUUUUAAAAUUAUUAAUUGAAUUUCAAUCGAUAUUACAAAAUAUUUGGACAAAUAGUUGUCCAGAUAAAUUAUCAAAGGGUAUACUUUCAACUGCCGUCUUUAAAUGGUUAUGUGAAAAAAGUAAAAAUAAUGAUGUUUUAUAUUCGGAUUGGUGCCUAUUAUUAAUAUUAUUUAUGGGAAGAAAUUGUUUUUAUAAAGAGGAUGAAUUUGAAUAUUAUUCAGAUGAAAUUGUUAUUUCAUUGUUUGAGCAUCGACAUAAUUUAAACCAUGAACAUUUUAUGAAAAUACAAAAUACAAUUUGCAAUUCUGUUGAUUCAAUUGAAGAUUUCAUGAUACAUAAAAAACUAGAGGUCCGCUACUGUGAGCUUUUUUUUUCAUUUAUCUCUAAUGCAGUAAAGAUUUUAAUAAAAAUGCAAUAUGCACCGAAACAACUAAUUUCAUCAAUUCAAGAAACAACAUCUGUUGAUCGAAAAACAUAUAAGUAUCAAUAUUUAUUCAAAAAUUAUCAAAUACAAGCAUUAGAGAAAAUAGUUGAAGAGGAAGAAAAAAAUGAUCAUGAUAACAUUAACAAUAAAUAUUGGUACAAGUAUUUCGUUUUAGUGUUUUACAAUCAAAUCGUUCAAUGGAUAAACGAUCACGAUAGCAGUGAUAUAGAACACUUAAAAAAUAUUCUUGGCAAACCAUCAAUAGUAUCAUAUUUAAAUGAAAAUUCUUCGCAUGUCACAAAUGAAAAUCAAGUUAAUGAUGAAAAUUGUCUUUCUCGUCCAACUUUCGAUAAUCUAAAAGGUGUACAGAAGCCACAAGAAGUUUUGAAAAUAGUGAAAGGUGCGUAUCAGAACUGGGCAAGUGUAGUCAAACAUGCCUCAAAUAAUAAUGAUGAGAUAUUAAAUACAAAUGUUAAAUCGGAUGACAACCAGUUACCUCCACGUCUUGGUGAUCGUAAAUCAGAACUGAAUUUUAAAGAUACUAAUAUAAAGGAUGAUAUUCACCCCUCUCUUCAACCAGUUGUAAUCAAAGCAGCUCUAUCAACUCUGAGUCUUCAUCUUGCUGAUAUUUCGACUACAAAGACAAGAAGUUCACGUCAUCGUACAAAAUCAAUACAGUAUAAUAGUUAUGGUAUGCCAACUCGUCCCGCCAGCACAUCGGCAUUACCUCCGGCUUCUUCGUUAAUCGUUACUUCAUUAUCUCAUCAUUCAUUUUCUGAUAGUUCAUUAAAUCGUAAGCCACGAUUUCCAUCAACAAAGAAAAGAGAAAUAAUAAAAGAUUCAUCUGAGGAAUGGCCGAGAUCGGAAUAUCCAUCCACAGCUUUAGUUGAGAAAGAAACAAUUUCUUGGCCUGAUAUGCCUAAAUAUUCUAUUAAAAAUGCUGUUUUUAACGGUAGAAAAUAUUCUGUUAUUAAUACAUGUCCAUUAGAUUCAGGAUUAUUUGUUCUAUAUUAUGCCUAUAUUUCGUACUCAGACGAAUUUCGAGCCUUAUUUGAUCGUGAAACAAAACUUAUCUACUCUAAUUUACGUAAGACAUUUCAGCUGGUGGGAAGUGAUGGCUGGGAUAUAGCUCGUUUAUAUUGGCUUAAUAUUCAUAAAAGAUUAAAUUCAUCAGUAGUAAACAGCAAUAAUCAGUAUAAUUUGUUUGGUACUGUUGAUGAGAAUGUUUUUGGAUAUGUUCGCACAAUGCAAGAGUAUGAAAACUCAAGUAAUUGUUUGUGUGAAGAUUGUCCAAGACGGACAAGAACCUUAAUUAGUACUGAUAUUGCUCUAAACAAAGAAAACAACGCAUUCUCCAAUACUUUGCCACAUUUUGAAACUGCAGAAGCCAUCUUGUGUGGUACUCCUAUUAGUGAAGAAGAACCUAUGAAUUAUAGUGGAGAUUAUAUAUUGGAUGAAAAAUUUCCGUUACAUAACCCAGAAACAAAUGUCGACGAAAUUAGGCCUUAUUGGUGUUGUAACAGUUUAAGAGAACGAUCCAAAAAUACGUUCAGAGAAAGGCCACCCAUUCUGAUUAUUAACAUCGCAGUUGGUGGUACAAAAAUGAAGGAGUUGCCUGUUAUAUUUAAUGUUGGACUGGAUACCUAUAAACUAUUUGCUUGUAUAUGUGGCAGAGAUGAUCAUUUCACUGCCACAAUAAAAAAGGAACAUCUUUAUUACAAGUACGAUGAUUUACAUUCAAAAGGAAUAUAUAUUUAUGACGGUACUGAUACUGUCGAAACAGCCGUAUAUUAUUUAUUAGUAUGA